GUGACCUAUAACCUAACCUAAAUGAAAGAAUUUAAAAUUUCUUUUUGAGCAUAUUUCAUUUUUAUUUUACAAGUAAUAAAUAAUUCUGAAUCCAGAAACUCCAUUUCUCAUGUAAUAACUAAAAAGUGCUGCAAGAUAACCCAAAAAGUACAAUGGAAAAAGGCAAAAACCUAAAAAUUGAUUUAGAAUUACCAUUUGCCAGUAAAAGAAUAGCCGAGAUUGUUCAUGAUGUGCUAAGAGUGGAUGCAGAACCCAAAAGAAGUGGAGUCAUCAAGGUGUUAACUUUGGAAAAUACUAUUCUUAAAGUGACCUUCACUGCAGGCCUGGCAAGGCAACUCCGCGUAGCAUUAACUAAUUUCUUUCAAAAAGUGGACUUGAUUAUUGAAACAGUACAGGUUGUAGGACCGCCAGUUAGUGAACACUAUAACCAUUAUUAACUAAGUAAUAAUAAUAAUAAUGCCAGAACAUACACCAGCACCUACACCAAGUCGAGCCGUGUAUGGCUUUGUAAUGUUUUUGAGUUUCAACAUAUUCUUCCUAGUCUAUCUUGUAUGGGCAAUAGUACCAGAAACAUAUUUUGAACAAAUUGGUAUCGAUUUUCUACCACAACGUCAUUGGGCAGUGUCUAUUCCAAUAUAUUUCUUAACAGUUCUCGCUAUAUUCGCUUUCCUGAUAUAUCCUAGUCUCGGACUACUAAUGACCCCAGACAUAGAUGAUUUACAAACUAUUACUGAUGAAGUUGGCAGCAGAAGAAAAAAAAAUGGAAUGAAACUGCAUACUACUCCCAUCAAAGGCGAUUGCGUUUGUAAAGAUAAAGAAAACUGUUGGAAGGAAUAUUACGAAUUAAGAAGUGAAGAAGCCAUUCAAAAGAAAAUUCCUGUAGUCAAAGACUUGGAUAUUUGGGAUGUUUCAGAGCAUUUAUAUCUUUAAGAUUAAAAAAAAAGCUUUUGAAUUGAUAAGUUUGUUUACUAAUUUUUAUACCUACUUUUUUCCUAUAUUGGGAUUUAG